AUGGCGGAGACGCUGAGGCGGGUGCUAAACUUGGGCAGCGCGGCUGGCCCCGGAGAGGAGAACACAGCUGAGGCCGAGCCGCCUUUGCUGCUGCUCGGCGGUCACGGCUCUGGAAAGACAGCGCUGCUAUUUGCGGCGGCCCUGGAGGCGGCAGGGGAAGGCCGAGGCCCCGUCCUCUUCCUGACUCGGAGGCCUCUGCAACGCCUGCCUCGCGGGAUUGGAGCUGCGCUCGAACCCUUGCGGUUACAGAAGAUCCGCUUCCAGUACCCACCCUCAACCUGUGAGCUCCUCCGGCUCCUGUGCUCUGCCCAUGAGACCCGGGGGCCAGCCCCCUCCCUCCUGCUGCUCGAUGGCCUGGAGGAGUACCUAGCAGAAGACCCCGGGUCCCAGGAAGCCGCCUACCUGGCCGCCCUGCUUCUGGACACAGCUGCCCACUUCAGCCACCGGGCUGGGUCUGGCCGGGGCUGUGGGCUCAUUGUGGCCCUCCAGACCCAGGAGGAGGGAGACAGUGCGACUGCCCUGCAGUUGGCACUGCUUCAGAGGUAUUUCCCUGCCCAGUGCUGGCUGCAGCCCGAUGCACCAGGCCCAGGACAGCACUGCCUCCGAGCCUGCCUGGAGCCAGGUGGGCUGGGUGCCAGGGCAGAGUGGCGGGUGACUUUCCGACAAGAUGGAGAGAUGACAGUCACCCCGUGGCCCACGCAGGCUGGUGACACCAGCUUGCACAAGGGUUCAAGCUCUGGAGGCCAACCUUGA